UUCCUGCCCUGAACUUGGCCACCUUGAUGAUGCCUCUGCCCCACCUACCCAACCUGUUGUUAAUGUUUCGGUGCCUCCUCUUCACCAGACCAAUCUUAAUCCCCAACAUCCAGCAAGUGCCCAGCACGUGUUAAAGGAAUUGUGGCAGAAAUGAAUGCAAGGUCAUUUCCAGCCUCUCGGGCCCUAGUGGCGAGGCCCCACGAAGUGGAAGGGCAGUCCCUAACAGCCGCAGAUGACUGGCGGGACACUCACUCCACCUCGCCGCCCCGCCUCCGUGGGCGUGGUCUUGCUCCGGACACCAGUCCCGGGGAGGGGCGUGGCCAGGGCGGGGCAGGCAGGCCCCGCCCCCGGAGGAGUCACGUAGCUCUGCGGCAUCCGCAGCCUCAUUUACCAGAGCAAGCCAGGGCUGCAGCCACAUCUGUUUGCUGAUCAGAACCCGAGCGGUGCUUGUGGCUGCCGCUGCUAACUGGCUGCGCACAGGGAGCUGUCACCAUGCCUCACUCAUACCCAGCCCUUUCUGCUGAGCAGAAGAAGGAGUUGUCUGACAUUGCCCUCCGGAUUGUAGCUCCGGGCAAAGGGAUUCUGGCUGCAGAUGAGUCUGUAGGCAGCAUGGCAAAGCGGCUGAGCCAAAUUGGGGUGGAGAACACAGAGGAGAAUCGCCGGCUGUACCGCCAGGUCCUGUUCAGUGCUGACGACCGUGUGAAAAAGUGCAUUGGAGGUGUCAUUUUCUUCCAUGAGACUCUCUACCAGAAAGAUGACAACGGUGUUCCCUUCGUCCGAACAAUCCAGGAUAAGGGCAUCGUCGUGGGCAUCAAGGUGGACAAGGGUGUGGUGCCUCUAGCUGGGACUGACGGAGAAACCACCACUCAAGGGCUGGAUGGGCUCUCAGAACGCUGUGCCCAGUACAAGAAGGAUGGUGCUGACUUUGCCAAGUGGCGCUGUGUGCUGAAAAUCAGUGAGCGCACGCCCUCUGCACUUGCCAUUCUGGAGAAUGCCAAUGUGCUGGCCCGUUAUGCCAGUAUCUGCCAGCAGAAUGGCAUUGUGCCUAUUGUGGAACCUGAAAUACUGCCUGAUGGAGACCACGACCUCAAACGUUGUCAGUAUGUUACAGAGAAGGUCUUGGCUGCUGUGUACAAAGCCCUGAGUGACCAUCAUGUGUACCUGGAGGGGACCCUGCUCAAGCCCAACAUGGUGACCCCUGGCCAUGCCUGUCCCAUCAAGUAUACCCCAGAGGAGAUUGCCAUGGCAACUGUCACUGCCCUGCGUCGCACUGUGCCCCCAGCUGUCCCAGGAGUAACCUUCCUGUCUGGGGGCCAGAGCGAAGAGGAGGCAUCACUUAACCUCAAUGCCAUCAACCGCUGCCCCCUUCCCCGGCCCUGGGCGCUUACCUUCUCCUAUGGGCGUGCCCUGCAAGCCUCUGCACUCAAUGCCUGGCGAGGGCAACAGGACAAUGCUGGAGCCGCCACUGAGGAGUUCAUCAAGCGGGCCGAGGUGAAUGGGCUUGCAGCCCAGGGCAAGUAUGAAGGCAGUGGAGAAGAUGGUGGAGCAGCAGCACAGUCCCUCUACAUUGCCAACCAUGCCUACUGAGUAUCCACUCCAUCCCACAGCCCUUGGCCCCGCCAUAUGUGCUCACUUUUGCUUGUAGUCAUGGCCAAGGCCAAAUAGCUAUGCAGAGCAGAGAUGCCUUCAUCUGGCACCGGCUUGUCUUCCUUUUCUCUCCUCCCUUCCCCUCCCUCAUUGCUGCACCUGGGAUCAUAGGAUGGGAGGAUAGGGUGCUCCUCAUGACUGAGGGCAGAAGAAAUUGCUAGAAGUCACAGCAAGAUGGCUGAGUCUCCCCCUAAUUCUGCCAGAUCUCACAAUUUUCCCGUGAUGGGGUAGCUUCUCCUUGGGUUCUCCUUCUUGCCUGCCCUCUCUCCUGGGAUCAGGGGGUAGUACAGAAGCCCUGACUCAUGCCUUGAGUACAUACUAUACAGCAAAUAAAUGGUAGCAAAACGUGC